AUGGGGAAGCUCCUCCUGUUCGUCUUCCUCACUCUGGGGUGUAAUGUUCUGUCAUCCUCAGCCUGCACCUACUGCCCCCACCCCAACCCUUCUCCGCCGCCGCUUCCUCCAAUCUAUCCUCCUCCGCCGCCGCCUGUUCAUCCUCCUCCGCCGCCGCCUGUUCAUCCUCCUCCACCGCCGCCUAAGGAAAUCCCCUGCCCUCCUCCUCCGCCGCCUAAGGAAAUCCCCUGCCCUCCUCCGCCACCCCCGACGACGGUGCCGUGCCCGCCGCCGCCGGCGCCGGUGUCGAGGGGUUGCCCCAUCAAUACCCUCAAGCUGGGGGCCUGCGUUGACCUUCUCGGUGGACUGAUCCACAUUGGCAUUGGCCCCAGCGCAGCCGACACCUGCUGCCCACUGCUGCGCGGGCUUGCUGACCUCGACGCGGCGCUGUGCCUCUGCACCGCCAUUCGCGCUAAGGUCCUCAACAUCAACCUCCUGCUGCCCAUCGCCCUUGAGCUCCUCGUCAACAACUGCGGGAAGCACGUGCCCUCCGAUUUCCAGUGCCCCCACUAG